ACAUAUCCUCCUGAGACCCGGCCCAUUCAUUUGUGUCCUUUGUAGUGGACAUUGUGUUCACCUGUGUCUUCCUAAAGUAUUUGGAGUUAACCUAUCAAGCCCUAUAGCAUUCUGUAGAGGACAUCCUGGGCUUUCCAGUGAUAUGUCAUGUGAUGGGUUUGCAUGCUGGGAACUUUACUUUUUUUCUCUAUCAAGAUGGCCGCCAUACCAACAGCCACAUUUUAUGGAAAGAGGAGAGGUAAGUUAAAUAUUCUUUAUCUGUUGCUAUUUUUUCCAUGAUAAUUAUAUAUAUUCUUGUUUAUUAACAUGUCAGUAACAAUAUUUUUACAUCUGAAAACAGUUUUAUUAUUUCUGUUUUGAAAUAACAGUCAUUUAAUGAAUGUCAAUUGUAGUGGACAGCAGGAUCAUUUUAAUGUAUUUAAAGACUGCACAUUGUUGUAGGAGAAAAAAGUGAAGCAGAGAGGAUUCUAUACCGGAUAAUAGAGGGAGAUUCAGAUUUGGAGCUGUCAGAUGAGGAAAAGGAUGAAGAUGAGUAUGAGCCUAUGAUAGGGGAAGAUGGUGAUGAAGAGGGAGAGGAAGAAAAUGCAGGAGAAUCUGAUGAGACAGAGUCAGAGUCAGAGAGAAACCAGCAAAGUCGUCGUGCUCUGUGGGCCAGGACUAACUUAUUCACACCUGUGUUACCUGUGCUCCCUGCCUAUCAAGAUGACCCUAAAAUCCGUGAAUACUGGAGUCCAAUCCAGUACUUUUCACAGUACAUUGACGACAACAUCUUUGAAGAUCUGGCAGCUUUUACAAAUCAAAGACAGCUGCAAAUGACAGGAGUGUCAAUGAAUACUACUGCCCAAGAAAUCAAGAUUUUCUUCGGCAUAUCAGUACACAUGGCCUGCCUUGGCUAUCCCAGAGUCAAAAUGUUUUGGGCUAAAAAAACUAAAGUGCCGGUAAUUAGCAGGAAAAUGACAAGGGACAGGUUCUACAAGCUGAGAAGCUCACUCAAGAUUGUCAAUGACCUGGAUGUGACUGAAGAGACAAAGGAGUCAGACAUUCUUUGGAGAGUCAGACCACUGCUUGACCGUGUGAGGCAAGGUUGUCUCAGACUUCCAAGGUGUGACAAGGUGUGCAUUGAUGAGCAAAUAAUCCCGUUCACAGGCCGCUGCCCAGUCAGGCAGUAUGUGCCAGGAAAGCCAAACCCUACUGGCCUAAAAGUUUUUGUGCUUGCCUCGCCAAAUGGUUUGGUCCUGGAUUUCGAGGUCUAUCAGGGCAAGAAUACAUUCAGGGGCCAAAGACUGGGAGUUGGAGCUGCAGCGGUCUUACGUAUGGUCGAGUCUGUUCCUACAGGAACUUAUGUGUUCUUUGAUCGAUAUUUCACGACGAUCGAUCUCAUGGACGCUUUGCUCUCAAAGGGUCUUCCAGCAACUGGAACCAUUAUGAAGAAUAGGGUUCCAAAGCAAUGCCAGCUGCCAGAAGAUAAGCAGCUGAAAAAAGAAGGGAGAGGGGCUUCAGUGACGUUGGUCCGGAGGGGGCCUGAGCUGGCAGUGACGAAAUGGUUUGACAAUAAACCAGUUCUGAUGGCCUCCACUGUCUACGGGAGAGAUCCAGAGGAUAUCUGUAGCAGAUGGUCCAACAAAGACAAAGGUCAUGUCCAGGUGAGACGUCCAGCAGUAAUCAGGGAAUAUAAUGACAACAUGGGUGGCGUAGACCUCUGUGAUCGAAUGCUGAGCUUCUACCGCAUGUCAACCAGGACCAAGAAGUGGACAUCACGUGUGAUGACGCAUUUCUUUGAUGUUGCCAUCACAAACGCUUGGAUCCAGUAUAAGUCUGACAGUACAGCACUGAAUCGACCAGCUAAGAACACCCAGCAGUACCUGGACUUCAAAUUGCACCUGGCUGAGGAGCUGCUGGAUAGUCCAUCAUUUGAUGACAGCAGUGAAGACAGUGAGGAAGAGUAUCAGCCACCAACCAAAACAAGGAUCCCACAACCAGAGCCAUCUGUACGCAGACUAGGAGCCAGGCACAUGCCAGAGAUGAUGGACAUAAAACAUGCUGAAAGAUGCAGGAACAAGGGCUGCAAUGGCAAGACAUACAUGAGGUGCACCCAAUGCAAGAUGUUCCUCUGUAUAACCAAAAAGAAAACAUGCUUCCAGGAUUAUCACCGCUAAAAUAUGCAGGGGAAAAUGAAAUGCAGUACUGUUUAUGUUCUAUGUCUUAUUCUAUAGUUCACUGUUAAACUAAAUACAUGUUUUUUGUCCUCGCAAGCAACAAGCAUCAGAAAAGUGAUAGAGAAUUUGUUUUUUUGUUUUUUGAUCAAAUUAAAUGUGUUCUUGGGUUAAUAUCACUCAUAAUCUGUUAAUUUUUUUAUUUUCUGAAUUCAGUUCUAUUUUCACAUGGAAAUCGUCCUGUUGUACUCCACAGUGGACAUGAUGUGAAAUUAAAAUUAUAAAUAUAUUCAAAAAAAUUAAAAUGGUAUGGUGUUUUUUUAGGCCCAAAUAGAUAGGAAAUCACACAAAAAAAGAAAUUGUAAGACACUUUUUUUCUUCAGU